AUGGUGGUUUCUGUGUACCGCAACAAGGAAGUUGUACUGAUUACCAAUGUUAUUGCCAGCCCUGCUAUACUGGAUCUGAUUGCAGUUCAGCAAUAUCAGCAUGUUCUCCAAAUCCUUGUAACAAUGGUGGUGUGUGCUCUCCCAUUGGAACAUCAUGCACCCGUUUUCAGUGUAGUUGCCUCGGAUGUUACACAGGAUUUACCUGUGAUCAAUUCUUGGAUCCAUGCAGCAAUAAUGUCUGUCAAAAUGGUGGACAAUGUUUGGCUGUACCUGGUUCCUGCACUGAAUCAACAUGUCAGUGCACAUCAUGUUUCACAGGAGCGUUCUGCCAAACAGUGUUCUGAGUUGGUAUGUCAAUGUGCUGGUUGUUACACUGGCACUUACUGUCAGACAUUACAAAACCCAUGCAACAACAACCCCUGCCAGAAUAAUGGAGUAUGCACACCAGUCACCGGAUCAUGUUCUGAGUAUUCUUGUACUUGUAUGGGAUGUUAUACUGGUUUUAACUGUGAACAAGCUAUUAGCAGCCCGUGUGUAACAAGUACACCGUGUAUGAAUGGAGGAAUAUGUACAUUGCAACCUGGAUCUUGUACAGAGUAUUUCUGUACAUGUGUUGGCUGUUACACAGGACAGAUAUGUCAAACUGCAAUUGAUGCAUGUAAUAUUAACCCUUGUUUGAAUGGUGGUGUAUGCAACACGGUAGCUGGUACGUGUGACCAGUACACUUGUCAGUGCGUUGGCUGUUUUAUUGGAAUAAAUUGUGAAACAGCAAUUCCAAGCCCAUGUCAACCUAACCCUUGUCAAAAUAAUGGUAUCUGUACGACUGUUGAAAGCCCAUGUGUUGGGUACCGAUGCUCAUGUCAGUCUGGUUGGAGUGGUACUAACUGUGAAAGUACUACUAUCAUUGGAUGUGCGACAAAUCCAUGUGUUAACGGUGACUGUACUGAUUUUGGCAAUGGUGCAUACAGUUGUACAUGCUAUACUGGAUGGUCUGGGAGUACCUGUAAUGUACAAGGUAUGCUAAUAUUUGGUUUAAAACCUACUGAAGUUGAUUUAGCACUUUUUGCAUGUGAAAUAAAUCCAUGCGUGAAUGGUGUCUGCACAGAUCUUUCUAAUGGUGCAUAUUUUUGUCAGUGUCAAUCAGGCUGGACAGGAACGAAUUGUGAUGUAAUUGUUGCAACCCCAUGUAGUAGCAAUCCUUGCCAGAAUGGCUUCUGUACUGAUGUUGGAACUGUAGCAUAUUUCUGCACAUGUGAUACUGGAUAUACAGGAACAAAUUGUGAAGUAUUUAUUUCAAUGCCAUGCAGUAGCAAUCCUUGUCAGAAUGGCUUCUGUAAUGAUGUUGGAACUGUAGCAUAUUUCUGCACAUGUGAUACUGGAUAUACAGGAACAAAUUGUGAAGUAUUUAUUUCAACUCCAUGUACUAGCAAUCCUUGUCAGAAUGGCUUCUGUAAUGAUGCUGGAACUGUAGCUUAUUUCUGCACAUGUGAUGAUGGGUAUACUGGAACAAACUGUGAAAUACUUGUUUCAAUGCCAUGUACUAGCAAUCCUUGUCAGAAUGGCUUCUGUACUGAUCUUGGAACUGUAGCAUAUUUCUGCACAUGUGAUACUGGAUAUACAGGAACAAAUUGUGAAGUAUUUGUUUCGAUGCCAUGUAGUAGCAAUCCUUGCCAGAAUGGCUUCUGUACUGAUGUUGGAACUGUAGCAUAUUACUGCACAUGUGAUACUGGAUAUACAGGAACAAACUGUGAAAUUUUGCUUUCAGUUCCAUGCAGUAGUAAUCCUUGCCAGAAUGGCUUCUGUACUGAUGUUGGAACUGUAGCAUAUUUCUGCACAUGUGAUACUGGAUAUACAGGAACAAAUUGUGAAGUAUUUGGUAUGUAUAAACAUGUAUCAUAA